CGUACUUGGUGUUCUGAAUAGGAAAAACAAUUUACACGCUUUUGAGUAACCGUGCUAACCUGUGCAUAAAGCAAUGGCUGAAUAUUCUCGCGUAAAAUCAACCAAACUGGUUUUAAAAGGUCUUAACAAAGGGAAAAAGAAGAAGCAUAAAGAUAAGAAGAGAAAAGCUGCAGAUGAAGAAGAAAAACUUGAUAUUAUUGGUGGUUGGUGGUCUGUCAGCAGCUUUGGUGAGAUCACUGGAACGGUUGCCAUAGAGAUGCAAAACAACUCAUACAUCCAUGCCCUGGAUAGUGGGCUCUUCACACUCGGUGCACCACACAAAGAUGAUGAAGGACCUGACCCUCCAGAACAGUUUACCGCCAUCAAGGUGUCAGACACAAGGGUAGCCUUGAAGUCUGGAUAUGGCAAGUACCUGGGUAUCAACUCUGAGGGUCUGGUCAUGGGGCGAUCUGAUGCCAUUGGCUCCAGAGAACAAUGGGAACCAGUGUUUCAGAAUGGCAAAAUGGCUCUCCUGGCAGCAAAUAGCUGUUUCAUCUCCUACAGUGACAGUGGGGACAUCGUGGCCAAGAGCAAGACAGCAGGGGAUGGCGAGAUGGUGAAGAUCAGAACGAGUGUGGAACGAGAGGCCAAGCGUAAAGAUGACAUUGCAGAAGAGGACAGGGGCAAUGUGAAGUCUUGUGAGGUCAAUUAUGUGAAGAAGUUUCAGAGUUUUCAAGAUCGGCGGCUCAGGGUUAAUGAGGAUGACACCGUCGUGCUGAAGAGAGCCAGAACAGACGGGAAGUUCCAUGAAGCCUUGCUCGACAGGAGAAGCAAAAUGAAAGCAGACAGGUACUGCAAGUGAAGACUCAGCUUCACAGAUUACUGCCAUGGCUUUGUAAAUGUCUUCAUUUUAUAGAUUUUGCCAUUUGACAUUUAAUGUACUGUUUUUGUUGUUGUUUUAUUAAUAUUUUGAUUAAAAUGACAUGGCCAGA